AUGUAUAGAAGAAGAGUGGCUGGAAGCUAUCGCCUCCACGGUAACCACCAUCACUACUACCACCACUGCCGCCGCCACAGUGAUGGUGUAGCUUCUGCCGUUUCGCCUGCUAUGUCAACCGAGAAACGUGUUGUACCGACAUCUAAUCCGCUGCAAGACGUAGCAUUUGCUCAUGUCAAACCUUAUCAAAGAGUGGAAGCAAAAGAUCCCUCCUCUGGCGCUUCAUAUUAUUAUAAUGGAAGCAUUGGAAAGAGUCGGUGGGAAAGACCUGUAGAGACAUCUUCGAGUACUUCCAUUCCUUAUACUACAAGACUUGUGGGAGAUUGGGUGGAAUCAGUAUAUGAAACAACAGGACUUGCGCAUCAUGGCUCCAAAAGUUGUUUGGCAUCAUCUGGUUUGGUUCCCCAUUCUAAGCACAGUAUAAUUCUGUGGAUGGCCGUUUUGGACAGGCUCCCCACCCGGGUGAGAUUGAUGCGAAUGGGUUUAGUAAUAGAGAAUGAUAGAUGUCUCUUCUGUGAUCUGGUGCCUGAGACUAGAAACCACAUUUUAUUUGAAUGUGAUAAUGCUAAAAGCCUGUGGAAGUCACUCUUCUGCUCUGUGGAGUUAUCGAAGAGUAAGCCACUGGGAAGGUGUUGCUGUGUUGUAAAGAGUGGGUAUUUUGUAGCAGAAUUCUGCUUAUUGGGGUUGUUUUUUCUUCUGGAAAUAAAUAGGGCACAAAUAUUAGUACAAUACAAAGACCAUAUAACUCAAUGGGAGUGCCCUGAUGUAUUACAGCCAUUUGCAUCACGGCAUCCUGGAAGCAGGGUUUCUGAAAAUACUGUUAAUGAGAAUUUGGCUUCGCGAUCAUCAAACUUGGACAAAUGCAUUGAUUGUGGAGGUUGGGGAGUGGGCCUGGUGCGGAUUUGGGGUUAUUGCAAUCAUUGCACAAGAGUUCUUAAUCUGCCACAGAGCCAGAGUUUGUCAACAGCCAAAGACAAUCAUGAGAAUAAGGCUCCGAAGGCGAGAUCCAGUGGGAGACCGCCUAUGGGAAAAGGAAACAGAAAAGAUAAAAGGAAGCACUCCUACGACGAUGAUGAUGAGCUGGAUCCAAUGGAUCCGAGCUCUUACUCUGAUGCUCAUCGUGGUGGCUGGAUUGUUGGGCUGAAAGGAGUACAGCCGAGAGCUGCUGAUACCACCGCCACGGGUCCUCUGUUUCAACAACGUCCAUAUCCAUCACCGGGAGCUGUAUUGCGGAAGAAUGCUGAAAUAGCUUCGCAAACGAAGAAACCAGGCUCACAUUGGACACCCGUAUCAAAGAAAGGAGAUGGGAGUGAUGGCCUCGGUGAUGCAGAUUGAGUUUACGACGUAAAAUGGAGCAAGUUUCAUCUUUGCUAUGCUCAUUUUCGUCCGGUGAUCGUAUCGAAAUGAAUUGCGAUGUACUCUCGCCUGUGUAUACAACAUGACUAUGCAAAUCAUGCAACAUUCUUUAGCAGUCCGGCAUAU